AUGCGUAUGAAGCUCAUGCUGGUCGGUCAAGAGAAUGUGGGAAAGACAUCGAUUGCCAAGUGUCUCAAAAAGGAGAUCAUCCCAGUAUCCAAGAAAUUGCGUCAGACCAUUGGUUUGGGCACGAAAAAGAGCAAGCCUGCCGAGUCGGACGCGAUCGUUCCAUUGGCAGGCGGUAUCAACCCACUCAACACGACACUCAACCUGUCGACCGAUGGUAUUGAUAUGGACGACUGGAAGCCAGCUGCACAAGAGCAGGAUCAGGCACCAGUCACAUUCUCAUUGUGGGAUUUUGCCGGUCAAGAGGUAUACUAUGCGACGCAUCAGUUCUUUAUCUCUAGUCGUUCCAUCUUUGUGGUGGUGUUUAACAUGGCCACCUACUUUGACGAGCAUGGCCUGUUACCACAGGAGAGUCGUGUGCCAUACUGGUUACAGUGUAUUGAAGCUUGGGGUGGCGAUUCUGCCAUUAUUCUCGUCGGUACACAUCUCGACGAACUUCCAUCGGGCAUGGAAACACAGAUUGCACAUGAUAUUGAAACCAAGUACUUUACUUCGUUCCCCAACAUCAAGGCGUUUAUGCCAGUCUCGUGCAAGAGCGGUAAAAACAUCAACAAGCUGCAAAACAUCAUUGUCAAGCAUGGCAAAGCCGAGAAGAAACUAGGUGUCAUGCACAGUCGCGCCUUUUUCCAACUCGAGUCGUUGAUUUUGUCGGAACGUGAAAUGAACGUGCCACCCAUCAUCACUCUCGACGAGUUCUCGACCAUGGCCGCGCAGUGCGGUAUCCCGGCCGAACGUGUGCCUGCAGCUGCCGCCUUUCUCAAAGAGCUCGGUGUCAUUGUCUACUUUAACGACGCUAAAUCUGGGCUCGACCAAUUUGUCUUUAUCGACCCACCCUGGCUCACCAAGCUCAUGGCCACACUCAUCACGUCGAAACCCAACUUUGUGCAGAGUGGUGUGCUCGAGCAAUCCAACCUCCACCAAAUCUGGAAGGCACCUGAUUUCCCAAGCCACUUGCAUUCAGUUUUAUUGGCUAUUCUCCAAAAGUUUGAGAUUGUUCAUCCCCUACCCGACCCCCGUGCACCUGCCCCCUCCCCACCCAUCCCCAAGCAGUUGCCAAGCAGUAGUAACAAUAUUGCUCGUAUUCGUUCAAACUUUUUGAAUCAAGUCAAUAAUAACCCUACGACCACUCCCACAGCCAAUACAAGCAAUUCUUCAUUGGUGCCACCAGGCAGCAAGAGUUUUAUCAAUGUAUCAAGCAAGUUUGGUGGAUCGAUUGGUCGUGGGUCAACACUCAACCUAAACAAACGAGAGACUAUAUCUGGUGAUACUUUUGUUAAUCCUCAACAACAGCAACAACAACAACCAACUCCAUCAGUUGCACCACAAUCAACAUUGGUAGCAAAAGCAUCAACCAAACAUUUGAUUCCAGUAUUGUUGAGUGAGGAAAGACCAAAUUCACUCGACAAGGUGAUCGAAGACAUGAAGGCAAACCAUCAAUCGACUCUGUUUGAGAGAAUCUACCAAUUUGAGUUUAUUCCAGUUGCAUCGACCACUGUCAUUGGACGUAAUGGUAGUGGCGGCAAUCUGCAUCUGUCUAUUGACCCACUCUCGCUUGCUGGUGCAAACGACCACCACGACAUUGGUGUCACACCGGCACAAAUCUCGAAUCUCCAAAGCCAACUUUCGCAGCUAAAGGAUUCAUCGGCAGUUGAAAAGUCGGCAUCCAACCCACUCAACAAUAGUAGUGGUAGUGUACCGGUUGCUUCAGAGGACGAUGGUGUCGACCGUGAGGAUUGGGAAAGUGACAGUAUCUCGCCGGGUGGAACACUCAAAGGCAAGAGAAAGAAAAACAAAAACUUCCUCACACUGUACAAGCCAAAGGUCAAAGGAUCGAUGCUCAACCUGUCAGCUGCACCCAGUGGUGCAGGUGGAGCGUCUGCAGCGAUGAUGGACAGCAGUUCCAUGUCAAUGGCGAGCAACAAGAGUCCACAUCUGACACUGACCCCCAACAACGUGUCUGCACUCAUCAACCAGACACUAAGCAACAACUUGCGGUCUGCACCCACCACAGAUCUACGUACCAUGUUCUUGUACGAGGAUUUGGAGCGUGCAGUAAUUGCCAAAAAGUCAGAGGUACUCUGUAAAUCUGGUGCAUUGCUCAAGCUCGUUCCAGAGGACCGUCUUGUCAAGUUGGAGACACUCGUUCCCGAGUUGUUGAUGGCUGAUCUCGGUGCCAACUUUACCAUCGAUUACAAAGACCUCGAAAUUAUUGAAAAGGUCGGUGAAGGUGGUUUCGGACUCGUCUACAAGGCCAAGUUCAAGGGUCAAUUGGUUGCUGUCAAGCAGUUGACACUCGAGGGACGUAUCGAGGUGGAAGAUAUCUUUAGAGAGUUUCGUCGUGAGGUUUGGUUGUCCAACACACUCAACCAUCCAAGUAUCGUGUCGCUCAAGGCGUGCUGUCUCGACCCGUGUUGUCUCGUCAUGGAGUAUAUCCCAAAUGGCAACCUCUACAGCUUCCUCCAAAAGGUUACUCAGCCAUCGUGGACGUUGCGUAUGAAGAUUGCACUCAAUAUCGCCUCUGCCAUUCAGUAUCUACACGACUUUACACCCAAGAUUUGUCAUCGUGAUCUCAAGUCACCCAACAUUCUCAUGUUGACCGAUACGAGUGACGCCACACCCGUGGUCUGCAAGGUGUCGGAUUUCGGUGAGACUAGAGCUGUCGUCACAUCGGCACUUGGACGUGAGAAGCUGUCCAAUCCACUCUGGUUGGCACCCGAGAUUAUGAAGGGUGAAGAGUACACUGAAAAGGCCGAUGUCUACAGUUUUGCAGUCAUCCUCUGGGAGAUUCUCACCGGUCUGCAUCCAUUUGACGAGUUCCCAGUCGCACACUCUUCAUUCCUCUAUCAGUUGGAGGAUGCCAUUUGCGAGGGUCUACGUCCCACCAUCCCACCAACUGCUCCACCAGCCUACACUGCCUUGAUUCAAGAUUGUUGGAACAAAGAUCCAGUUCAACGUCCAACUUUCCAAGUCAUUCAUCAACGUCUAUUAAAUAUUCGUGAUCAAAAAUUAUAUAAUAUUGUUGGAAAUGGAAGCGGUAGUAGUAGUAGCAAUAGUCCAUCAACAACAUCAUCAACAACACCUAUCAUUUCAUCACCCCCUGUAACUAAUAGUAAUACAUCACCAACUUCAACAACUACUGUACAAUUAAAUAACAAUCAUCACACUAUUUCAUCACCACAAGUAACUACAAAAGUAGCUACCCCUCAUCAACAACAUCACCCAGCUUCAACUCCAACUCCACCACAAAAACCAACAACCUCUUCAGCAGCAGUCGUUGUAUUAAAUAACCAGAAUAAUCAAAUCCACCAGAAUACUAAUAAUCAUAAUAAUUCAUCAAGACCACUCCUCAGACCACCACUAACUCCAUCACAAUUUAAACCAAUGCCAUCACCACCAACAGGAGCAGGCGCUAAUGCCACUAAUGUUGGUGCUGGACAUGGACACGGACACGGACAUGGACAUGGACAUGGACACGGACCUACCACGGCAUCAAAUGGAGCACCAAUGCUUGUUUCAAGAUUAUCUUCAAACACUUUGACACCAAAACCAAUGUCAUCAUCUUCACUCAAUGUAUCAAAGUUUAAUAAUACUACAUCAUCACAAACGACAGCACCUCAACCAACACCUGGUCAUCCAGUUGGUUCGUCUGUUGCCAAACCACCUAUCAGUGGUGGUAGUAGUCUUCUUCUUAGACCAACCACGAUGAUUGCCAAGAAACCUGCAGCUGCCCCAUCUGCUCCCGUUUCAUCAACUAGUCAUGCCCCAACAACUAGUGGUACUACUGUAACAAGAUCUUCACUUCCCACGCCACCAGCACCAAGUUUGAAUCAUUCCAAACCAUUGCCACAAGCACCAAGUGUUGUAAGCACCGCCAAGCCAUUGCCAACUCCCGUCACUCCACACUCCAAACCAUUACCAACCCCGCCUUCAACAGCCAAACCACCAGCUUCAAAAUAA